AUGAAGCCCGAUUGGGACAAACUGGCGAAACAGUUUGCCGGUUCGGACUCCCAAUUGAUUGCCGAUGUCGACUGUACCGAAGACGGAGAAGAUCUCUGCGAACAGCACGGCAUUGAAGGAUUCCCUACUCUCAAAUGGGGAGAUCCGGCCGAUCUGCAAGACUACGAAGGUGGUCGCGACUAUGCGUCGCUCCUGGCAUUUGCCGACGAGAACCUCAAACCACAGUGUUCGCCCGCCAAUAUCGACCUCUGCGAUGACGAGAAAAAGGCGGAAAUUGCCAAGUACAUGGCCAUGAAGGUGGAAGAUUUGGAAGAGCAAAUCGAGGAGAAGGAAGAGGCAUUGGCGAAAAUUGAUUCCGAUUUUGAACAAUUCAUUGAGGGAUUACAAAAGUCGUACGAAGAAAUGAUGGAAAAAAAUCAAGAAGAAAAGGAGGCCAUCAAGAAAUCUGGAUUGGGACUCAUGAAGGCCGUACGAGCUGCCAUGGCGGCCAAGGAAGGAGGUGGUAAGGACGAACUGUAG